CCCGCCCACCCGCCAACCCUCACGAACACGUGGGAGCCGCCACACACAGCAACAAUGGGUUCCGGCAAGAAAGAGGCUGCGCGCAAGGAGCGCCAGGGUAAAACCGGCGAUGGCAUGGGCAACGUGAAGGUCAAGGGCGAGAACUUCUACCGGUCUGCCAAGAAGGUGAAGGUCCUCAAGCGCCUCACAGACGGCAAGGCGCAGAGAAACGCUGCCGGAGACAUCACCAAGGCCGCCUCCUACCAGUCCCGCGAGGCGCCCGUCGCCCGCGUCGAGCCAAACAGGAAGUGGUUCAACAACACUCGUGUCAUCUCCCAGGAUGCCCUCGACUCCUUCCGUUCGGCGGUGCAGGCACAGGCCUCCGACCCCACUACUUUCCUCAUGAAGCGCAACAAGCUGCCCAUGAGCCUGAUCGAGGAGAAGGGCAACAUCAACGGCCUCAAGCAGCACGCCGCCAAGAUCGCCGUCUCCUCCCAGCCCUUCUCCGAGACGUUUGGCGCCAAGGCCCAGCGCAAGAAGCCCAAGCUGGACUUCAGCUCCAUCGAGGACCUCGCCACCCGCACAGACACCAUGCAUGAGAACUACACCGACAGGCUAGAGCAGGCAAAGCUUCUGUCUGGCACUUCUGGCGAGCCCGACGAGGAAAACAAGGACGGCGACCUUGCCAGCGCGCGAGAGUUCAUCUUCAUGAAGGGCACCUCCAAGCGUAUCUGGAACGAGCUGUACAAGGUCAUCGACUCCAGUGACGUGAUCCUCCACGUUUUGGAUGCGCGUGACCCCGACGGCACACGCUGUCGCAGUGUGGAGAAGUACAUCCGUACGGAGGCGCCUCACAAGCAUCUGGUCUUCGUCCUCAACAAGGUCGAUCUGGUGCCCUCCAAGGUAGCAGCUGCCUGGGUCAGGCAUCUCAGCAAAGAGUUCCCCACUCUUGCCUUCCACGCCAACAUCAACAAUUCUUUCGGAAAGGGCUCCCUCAUCGCCCUCCUCCGCCAAUUCUCCUCCCUCCACAGCGACCGCAAGCAGAUCUCCGUCGGUAUGGUCGGCUACCCUAACACCGGAAAGUCCUCCAUCAUCAACACCCUGCGGAAAAAGAAGGUCUGCGUUGUCGCGCCCAUUGCUGGUGAGACAAAGGUCUGGCAGUACAUCACACUCAUGAAGAGAAUCUACAUGAUCGACUGCCCGGGUAUUGUCCCGCCGAACCAGAACGACACAGACGAGGAUCUGCUGCUGAGGGGCAGCGUCCGCGUCGAGAACGUCGAGUAUCCUGCACAAUACAUCCCGACCGUCCUCAAGCGAGUACAGCCGAAGUACCUGCAGCGUACCUACGAGCUGAAGGAGCCUGCCACCGAUGCAGUCACGUUCCUUGAGAUUCUCUGCAGAAAGAGCGGACGUCUUCUCAAGGGCGGCGAGGCUGAUAUCGACGGUGCUGCGAAGAUGGUAUUGAACGACUGGAUUCGGGGAAAGCUUCCUUGGUUCACACCGCCACCAUACAAGGCGGGCGAGGAAGGCCCUGCGGUUGGUGUCGAGGGCCGUGAGGGUGUGCUCGGUGAGAUGAGCAAGAAGAGGAAGCGCGGUACUGAGAGCGAAGCUGCCACAAGCGUCGCGGCUACCGUGGACACUACCGGUGCACCUCAAGAUGAGGCCGAGAAGACCGAUGGCGAUUUUGACGGCUUCAGCGAUGAGGACGAUGAGGAUGACGAUGAGUCUGAGGAGGCAAGUCUCGCCGGCGGUCUAUCGCUUGAGACUCCUGACGUCGAUGACGACAGUGAAGAUGAUGAAGCUGUCGAGGCAGACAUCGCAGCAAUAUCUGCAGCGUUAUCAAAGGCAAAGAAGCGGCAACGGAAAGCAUAGGAGCACUCUGAUGAUUAAAAUGAUACCCCUUUCCUCGAGUCAAAUG